AUGGCGCCCAAGAAGCCUUCCACCACGGCGGAAGUUGCGCUGAUCCCUCUCAAAAAUUGUCUCGUCAAUUUACCGCCGUCAGUGGUUGCUUUGUUGGUCAAUGCUAACACUCCUGCACAAAAUGUCAUUAUCGAGCUGCAAUACAAGGCUCCUUCAGGCAAGGUCAAUGGCGCUCCGCCGCAGCGGUCAUGCUUUUUGGGCUGGACAGGCAUGCCGAGCAAGCGAAAGCUUGCGCCGGUAGUCGGUCUGCUAGUGCACCUCGAUCCACCAGUUGCGCACACCAUCAACAUUGAGCCUUUGACUCCAGAGGAUUGGGAGAUCAUUGAACUCCACGCCACCUUUUUGGAACUCAAUCUCCUCUCUCAGAUCCGUGCGUUGCCCAAUCCCUCAUACAGUACCGCACAAGCCGAACAUCUGCAUCCGCUUGCACUACAUCUCUCACCUACCUCGACGGCCAACAUCAUUGUCACCUCGUUGACUCCCGCCCCGGAUGCAACUUCCCCGUUUGCCAAGAUCGCAGCCGACGCCGAGGUGAUCGUCGCCCCUAAGGUCCGAUCAAAAACCGGGAAAUCUCCCCGAGGCGAUAGUCGCAGUAAUGCCGGGAGCAGCAGGAAAAGUACAGGUGGCCGUAGCUCCGGUAGCACGGUCCGUCACAAGUCCAGCCGGUCUGACUCGAGAGGCGCCUUGUUUUUGCGGGGAGUAGAGCGAACUACGGCUGGUGAAUACUUUGACCCCGAGAUGGAGGAGGAUGAGAACGAAGGGCUUCGGAUCUGGGUUGGACCAGAGGUUCUAGCUUCACAAGAGCUGCGCGGUGCUCAAUGGGCGUGUGUGUCCAUCGUUCAGCCCGCAGGGCUGAGGCCGCCAAUCGAUCCUCAGCAACAACUCGCUCAGCAAGAACAGCAGAAAGCUCACGAUGCGGGAGCUCCCAGCAGCAAGCUUGUUGCCAAGCUACUACCGUGGGAGGAGGCGCCAGAUAGCAGACAUGUGGCAAUGUCCACCAUGCUUUGCACUUCGUUGGGCGCGGAAAACAUCGUUGGAGGAAUCGUUCGCGUGGAGGCUGCUCCACCACAGCUCCACCGGUCGGCCGUCAAGACUCUGAAGUUAUAUCCAUUCUUGACAGAUGCAUCGAAGAAGAAAGAUGGACUGAAAUUUGGUGCUGACACGUCGGCAGCCCGAGACGCGCUAGCUGAACGAUUGAAGGUUCUCUAUGGCAGCACCGGGUCUGAUACAGGGCUAUUUGCAGGCCCACUGACCGAUGGGAUGAUUUUGCCAAAGGUUCAUAAACACCCUUCGGUCUCGGGCUUCGAUGGAGCUAUUCUGCGCUUCGAUCCUCCUCUCAAAGGCACGUCAGAAGAGAACAAGAUCAUUUUUGGAUGGCUCUUGGGCUCCGAAGCCAAACUGAAUGUGGAAGUACAAGCCGAGAUACCCCCUCCCUCCGACACGACGCUAUUUGGACUGCCCUCCGAGGACUCCCUUACCGAAAGUGUCCCCCAGCUGGUGGGAAUCGACUCAAUUAUCUCUCAGGCGAUGACCAAUCUCACAAAGUCCUCUUCUAUCCUGUUGACGGGCGGGCUUGGGGCUGGCAAAACAGCCUUGACGCACCUGUUGGCUCAUCGACUCCGCAAGGAACAUCUAUUCAGCGUGAAAUACUUCUCAUGCCGCAAACUCGUCACCGAUGAGACUCGAAUCUCCAACAUCAAGGAGGUUUUGAAUCGCCUCUUCAUGUCCGCUUCCUGGUGUGCACGCUUGGGUGGGCAGGCUGUUGUGAUCCUUGAUGAUCUUGACAAACUCUGUCCCGUGGAGACGGAAAUGCAGGUUGGCAAUGACAAUGGCCGGAGCCGCCAGAACAGUGAGGUUAUCUGCUCGAUGGUGCGGGAAUACUGCUCCAUGAACUCGUCCGUAGUUCUGUUGGCGACAGCUCAGGCCAAGGAGUCUCUGAACAAUGUUAUCAUCGGCGGACAUGUGGUUCGCGAGAUCAUCAAUAUGCGAGCGCCAGACAAGGAGGGACGCCGGAAGGUCCUGGAGAAGCUCACCAGCCAGGACAAGCCUACCGAGUCUCUUAAUGGCCAUGUUCGAUCCACGAGCUCCUCCACCCAAAACACUCAGGAUUCGUGGCUCGAUCCUUCCAAUCCCGGUAGCCGACCCAGCUCGUCUGGUGGCGAUGGGUUCCAGCUUAGCAAAGAUGUUGAUUUCCUCGAGCUUGCUGGAAAGACUGAUGGGUACGCACCUGGUGACCUGGUGCUACUGGUUGCUCGUGCGCGCAAUGAAGCGCUGAUUCGAUCUGUUUCGGAUCUCUCAUCCGAGUCCAAAUUGAUCACACUGGGCACUGAAGACUUUGACAGUGCAUUGAAGGGGUUCACUCCAGCAUCUCUGCGCAAUGUCACUCUGACAUCGUCCACAACAACCUUCUCUGCGAUCGGUGGCCUGUUUGAGACCCGCAAGAUGCUGUUGGAAACCUUACAAUACCCGACCAAAUACGCGCCCAUCUUCGCACAGUGCCCGCUGCGGCUCCGCUCGGGUCUGCUCUUAUACGGGUACCCUGGUUGCGGCAAGACGCUUUUGGCAAGUGCAGUUGCCGGAGAGUGUGGCCUGAACUUCAUCAGCGUCAAGGGUCCGGAAAUUCUGAACAAGUACAUCGGCGCCAGUGAGAAGAGUGUCCGAGAUCUCUUUGAGCGUGCCCAGGCUGCCAGGCCCUGUGUUUUGUUCUUCGACGAGUUUGACAGUAUCGCACCCAAGCGCGGUCAUGACUCGACUGGUGUCACCGACCGAGUCGUCAAUCAACUUCUCACUCAGAUGGACGGUGCAGAGGGUCUCUCUGGAGUCUAUGUUCUGGCAGCCACGUCCCGUCCGGACUUGAUUGAUCCGGCGCUGUUGCGACCAGGUCGUCUUGACAAGUCAUUGCUGUGUGAUAUGCCUGCGCAGGCUGACCGUCUUGAUAUCAUUCGAGCUGUGAGCGAGAAGCUCAAGAUGAGCGACGAGGUCCGCACCCGGCUGGACGAGGUCGCCGCACGGACUGAGGGUCUCUCGGGUGCUGAUCUCCAGGCCGUUGUAUACAACGCGCAUUUGGAGGCAGUUCAUGACGCACUGGGCGACAGCUCGGCAGAAAAGCCGGGUACCAAGACCGGUACGGCGAAGAGCUCGACAGCCAGCACUUCGACCAAGUCAUUCAUCCAAUUCCUCUACUCUUCUUCUGAGGAAGCCUCUCGCUCGGUCACUCUCCCGCCCCCGGCUGUGGUUGCUGCCAAGCUCGAUGCUAUCAAGAGUGCCCGCCGCCGCCAACGGCAAUUGGAGAAUGGGUUGACUGCUGCCAGUUCCACUCCUGCUGCUGCGCCCACGACGAACGGGGCUGGAGCUGGUGCCGAAGCUGAGAAUGACGGGCUACGGGAUGAGAUUGUCGUGCGAUGGGAACACAUGGAGCGUUCUCUCAAGUCGACGCGUGCCUCGCUCAGUCCGGCGGAGCGACGACGGUUCCAGGGCAUUUACCGAGAAUUCGUGGUCGGUCGCAAUGGCGAGAUGCCCAACGGAGAGGCAGCGAAUGAGAUCGGAGGUCGGUCAAGCCUAAUGUGA